GGGAGGUUAUGCAAAACCUGAGUUGACAGAUUUGUUAAUUUUACAACUAAUCCUUUUACCAUGUAGAGCUUUCAAGUAUUUCAAAUGGUAUACACGUUGGAUUUGGCGAUUUAACAUCAACCAUGAAGAGUACGGGGAUGAGGAAAAGUUAUACCUCAUCAGAAAAAAUAUGAAACUUAGUAUUAACCAAUUUGACGAUUUAGAAGAAAAUGACAAGCAGCAGUUUCUUAAAAAUGAGCUUUGGGUCAAGGACAAGUUUGAGAAAUGGCAGAAAGAAAAAAAUGAAGAAGUAAAGAAACAAAUGGCUGAAAAUGCUCGUUUCAAAGCAUACAGAAGGUAUAUGAAAAACCAUGGUCCAGGAAGAAUGGUGUUCGAUGACUCAUAAUCCGUGCUCACUUUGGCUCAUUUUAUUUCAGGGUCGGUCGUUAUCAACGCACGGCUGCAUGGAGCAUGGAUUGCGGUUGAGGCCACGCAUCGGCAAAAAUGAAGGUGAUCUGCGGGAGGAAUAUUGUCAGGCACUAUCUUGCUCCCUCAUCGAUUCAAGAUUAAAUGGGAGCUUAGAAUGAACAACUUUGAUCUCAUUCAAAAAUCCUGAAAAAUUCGUCCGCACACAGUGGGUUUUUCCUUUUUUUUUUUUGUAAAAAUGUAAGAAUUAAAAAUCUCUAGACAGGAUCAAA